GGGACGCUGCUGCGAGGAGGUGGGGGAGAGCUCCCGGGGCAACGCUGCCUCUCGUCUUCCCUCAGCCCGAGCUCUUCUCUAGCUGUGUGAUAGCGCUGUCGUCCGUGCUGUUGAGGUCUUGUGAAUAAAACCACGCGUGUCCGUGCCGGUGCUCGGGGGGGCUGUCACAGCCCGGGCCGUUUUGGGGAGCUCCGAGUGUCCUGAGGGGGGCUCUGACCCGAGGCUGCGCCCUGCCUGCUAAGAUUUCUGACAACCCCAGGAACAGCGUUUGAGAUGUCUGCACUCGAGAAGAUUGAGGAGCAGCUCGCUCGUCUGCGCAUAGCUAAGCGGUCUGUGCUGAGGGAGGAACCCGCCUACUUACUGGACAUAGACGUUUCCUGUUCUGCCCCGUCUGAGAGCAGUCGCUGCGUGGCAGUUUCAUGUUCCGAUCAGUCCAUUAGGCUAUACAACAGAGAAACAUUAAACUUCCUGCGGGAGUACAGUAGCCGUCCUGGGAUGCUUAAUGGAGUCAGAUUUGCACACACGUGUGACAGCCUGGUGUUUUCUGCGUGCAGUGACGGCACAAUAAAAUGUUGGGAUAUUCGUUUAGCAACUCAGAAGGCUGUGCAGAUAUUUAGUGGCUAUCCUUCCAACGUCUUUAUCAGUUUUGAUAUCAACUGCAGUGAUCUCAUAAUUUGUGCUGGAACAGAAAAGGUUGAAAAGGAUACGUUUCUGGUGUUUUGGGAUGCAAGAGGCAACACGGACUGUGCCAGCACGACUAAAGAGCCCUUGGGAGUCUAUUCUGAAAGUCACAAUGAUGAUGUCACCAAAAUUUGUUUUCAUCCUGUCAAACCUAGUUGGGUAGUUUCCGGGUCAACUGAUGGGUUGGUUAAUGUGUUUGACAUCAACAAGGACAACGAAGAUGAUGCUUUGAUAUCAACUUGCAAUUCAGAUUCAUCGAUAAGUUUUAUUGGCUGGUCCGGGAAAGGUUACGAACAGAUCUACUGCAUGACACACGACGAGGGAUUUUGUUGGUGGGACCUUGCUCAGUUAGAUACUGAAGAGCCCAUAACUCUGCUGCGCAUUUUGGACGUCAGAGACGUGGUCUGUAUUGAGAGUGACAGCUUAAAUUACCUGGUAGGUGGUGUGUACCACGAAAAGGCAGACAAACUCUUUCUUAUUGGAGGAACAUCAACAGGAAAAAUUCACCUACUGAGCUGCGGCGCUGAUGGGCUGAGCCUGGUGGGCACCCUUUGUGGAGGACACUCUGCCACCGUUCGCUCUUUCUGCUGGAACCUGGCAGACGAGUCGCUGCUGACGGGCGGAGAGGAUGCUCAGCUGCUGCUCUGGAGGCCUGGAGCUGUGGAAAGGUCCCUCACAAAGAAAGAGACUAUGAAGAUUGCUUCCUCUGUGCAGAAGAGAGUCAGAGUUCACAACAGCUCCCUCAAGAGCUGGAAGAAGUGAAAUUCUGAAAAUGGGAGCCUGCUCCGUGGAGUUCUUCUAUUUGUUUAGUCUCCUGGGCAAUACGUGGCCGUUGUUUUAUUCGGUGGUGCUCUGUGGAAAGAACUACGAUGCUCGAAUUCUGCUUGGGAAUGUACAUCAGUCAUCAGAUGAAUGCCGUUUUUUUUAAAAAAAAAAAAAGUUCCUAAUAUUAAUCUGAAAAGAGUAAAUGUUUGCUCUUUAGUUCUUGAACAAUAGAUCUUAAAUCAUUUUAUAUAAAAAGACUUUUUUAUGGUUGUUUAAUGUCUCAGCCAACAUAUUUAAUGUGUAAUAUAGGCCUGUGGCUUGCAUAAUUUGUUACUUUACCGGUGGCAAAGUUACCCUGGCAUGUUUUUAAAAGCUUUUGUAUCUCAAGCUGUGUUUUUCUUUCUUUACAGAGAACUUAAUGAAAUUGUUCAAUAUAUUAAAAGAUUUUAUGUCACUUCUGAA